AUAUAUGUUUCUCACUUUGCCAUUGGUGCACCAAACCAAUGUAAUUUUUUGUAAAUUCAGAAAUUUUGAGGGAAAAUAAUUGUAUUAAAAUUAAAAAUAAUUUAAUUACGAACAAUAAAGGUGUCUUCUACUUAAUAUUUAAGUAAACUUUGUUAUUAAAAUGAUAUAAGUUUUAAAGUGAUCUAAUAAGGCUUCCUUUUUUACUGUGUUCGUCGUUUGAUAUAAUUAUGGAAGUGUCUAACGAAAUUAAAGAAGAUAUUCGCAAAACUCAAACAGACUUGAAAAACGCGAUCAGAGUUCAUCAGAUUUGGGUAGCGCGUUUACAGGAAGAUGAAAACAAUGUGCAUCUUAAAACUAAAGUGAAAGAAGCUGAGAAAGACAUAAUUUCCAUUGGACAAACUCAAAAAUUGGUGGUGGAUAGAUUAAGAAGAGAGCUAGAACUCUACCAGCAACGUUUAAAGGCAAGAAAUAAACAAGUGAAUAUUGAGACAGACAAUCACUAUGUGGCACAACAACUAAGAGACCAUCAGUUGCAGUAUCGUAACAAAAGCAGGACUAAUUCUGUGUCACUAUUGAAACCAUCUGUACUAUCAGAAAUACAUAUCACAAGUGAAAAUCACCAGGAAGAUAUCAAGGAAGGAAACGUUUCUGAUUCUGAAAACGAAAUAAAGUCAUUUAAUGAGAAAGAAAAUUCUAGUCACAGUGAAGCAGACAACAAGGAAAAGUACCGGAAUUUUUCACAACUACCAAACACUGUUCAUGAUAGCAGAAAUAAUUUUGUUAACGCCCUUAACAAAGUCAAACAGGCAUUCAUUGGUUCCAAACUACAAGAAAAUGACUGGCAAGAACAAAGAUCAGACUCAGAUUCUUCCCCAGGUGCUGAACCAUCUCCCACUCCUUCACCUCCACCACUGCCGGAGCCGGGGCAGCCUGUAUCUCAGGAGACUUUCUUGAGACUCAUUGGACUCGUGACUUCAGCGCAGAGGGAAAUUCUAUUAAAGAAACGUAAUGAGCGCCGCAAGCGAUCUACUACUAGCACAAAUAGAAAUGAUUUCCUAUAUGGGAACUUCGAUAUGAUGCCUAAACGUAAGAAGUAUAAUCAGUUCCCGUAUCUGCAGUCACACAAUGACCCGCCACAGACGCGAUCCGCAAAAUUGAAAAAACAGCAGGUUCAAAACAAAUCUUCGCGUGAAGGCUCACCUUCAGGAUCGUCUUCUGAAAACAAAGGUUGGAGUAAUAAUAAGCCAGCGUGGGCUGCCGCCCUGCCGGCUGGUCUGUCCGUCGAGCCUGUUUAUCCGUCAGCUAAAAAAGUUUGUCAUGGAUGUGGGAGAAAUGACGUGGUGUCGCUGCUGGUGUGGUGCGCGGGCUGCAGCGUGUGGCAGCACACGGGCUGCGGCGCGCGCGGGCGCUGCGUGCGCUGCCGCGGGCUGCUGCCCGACCCCGACCCCGACGCCCGGCCCCACGCGCUGCCCGACAGGUUCUCAGACAAGUUAGCCGAGCGUAAACGUCUCCAAGAGAAAAACAUAGAAUUGUGCGUGGAGCUUCGCAAACUAGAAGCGCGGGCGGCUUCACUGAAGGAGAAUUUAAACGAACACAAUGCGGAGAAGAGGAAACUCCUCGCGAACCAAAUUAAAACGCAACGGAACCUUCAGAAACUUUUAGAUUUCAUCAGCCAGUUCAAAGAGACUUCUAUCAGUAUACGCUCCACGUCCAGUGACACUGGCAGUGAAAUGAGUAAAAGCAAUGAAGAUUAAAGUGAUUGGAUACAAAAUGCGUCUUGUACAUAAGCAAUGGUCUCAAUGCGUGUUGAUUGAAUCUUUUAUAGAUCUUCAUCGUUGUAGGUUUAGAGAAAAUACUAUUUGUGCCACUAGUUAAUAUUUUACAAGUUGUAUAUACUUACAUAAAUGAUACUUUGUAUACUUCCAAAGUAAACUUUUGGCGGAUGGCGGAUCAUUUUCUAAUGAUUACACCAAGAAGUUAAUUAUUUUUUUAUUCAAUCAAAUAGUGAAAUUUAAAAAUGAACAAAUUCAAUCGAUUAUGAUUAUAUUGAGCACAAAAUUAUAUUGUCUCAUUUUGAUUGUAGAUGAUGAUUCAGGGGUCUGAUUCUCACGCAUUCGAGUUCGCUUCAUCAGUUUUCUCCAUUUUUUCUGACGGACUAGCACUGUUUCUAUAUUUACAAAAAAUCACCGUCGAAAAGUUAAAAAAAAAAGGCAAACGCAUCAAUCGAUCGAACAUUUUCGUUUAUAACUUUGGUUAUAUACGUCGACAAAAUUUAGAGAAAAUUGAUAAAGUGAUCUUCGAUUUCGUGAGAAAUUUGUUUUAAACACCAGUCAAAAUUUCACAUACUCGUACUGAGGAUACUAAGAUGGAAUAGGCACAUGGAUUUAAAAUAUAUAUAUGUAGGCAGUAAAAAAACGAUAUUCCUGAUCAACUGACCGGUAAAUUUUACUGGAAAAAUCUGUAUUUUUUUAAAUACGUUCUAUUUCGUCAUUCCUGCUGCAAACAUAGUUUGUAAACAAAUUUUGGCUGUUUAAAAUACACCGUGUAAACUUCACAAUACAAUAUUGAAUUAUUGAGUAUACACUUUAUAGAGGUAGAAAAUUGUUUUUUUUUUUAUUUGCAAGUCUUAAUAUUUUUUAAUCAAUUUCCCAGAAAGUCUAUUCGUUGUUUAUUUUGAAGUAAAAGUAUGUAAUUAUAAUUAUCUUUAUUUUACAUAACUUAGAAUAAAUAAACCUUUCGUCCUUUUCGUUCGGAUCACUUUCGGUGACCCGGUCAUAAGGACAAUUACGCUGAUUUUGCUACAA